AUUGCAAGCAGUUUUCUAUAGUGUAAGCGAAUGUUUUCGUGAUACGAGAACUAUAAUAAAAUUUAUUAUGGUAAAAGAGGACAAUUCAUUGAGAAAAUGGCGUAGAGCGUGCACCUUCUGUUACACAAGACCAUUUCUCCAGCUACUUCCUUUGCGUCUCUUACAAUUGGAGCGCCCUGGAGGGUCCCCAAAGCUUCCUCCCGUUUGGAACACUUUUAAAUGCCUGAGCUCUGCUACUUGGUCACCUGAGGUCCAUGGUGUGGGGGGGAGACACUACAAAGUAACCCAAAGUUUGGGAUGUGGAAGAAAUGGCAGCUGGUAGGUCUUCACAAAGUCUGCGCAAGAAAUUCCUUCAGCGGGCGUCUCGUUCCCCCGACAGAACUGAGUCCACACAAGGAGCUGAUGACAAGGGGAGGCCUUGAAUCCGUGGUCUUUCUGCCCGGUGUAUUUCUGUAAUAAGCUGGUGUAGACCAAAGCUGGUCGUACUUCGAGUGCACAGGGAGCUAGCUAAAAAUGCAGAUUUGGAUUCACCAGGCCUGAGAAUCGACCUUUCUAGGCAGCUAGGCUCCCAGCCCGCGCAGAGUCGAUGGUCUGGGGAACUCAGUUUAAGAAGAAAGAGUGGCGAACGAAGACUCUGGAGCCAGAUGGCCAGAUUCCCAAUGCCUCAGUUUCCUCAUCUGUAAAACAAGUAUAAUACCUAACUCAGAGCUUUCGUGAAAAUUUGAUGCUAUACACGUGUGCUUUAGAACGCCGUUCACUAAAAACUAGCUAUCAUCACAUUCCUUUAGAGCCAAGCGGCUGGUAAGGUGGGGUUUGACGAGUGAAUACUCGAAUGAAUGAAUCAUCUUUGGAGAAAAGUUCUUUGCUGGGUGAGUCUAGGAGUCAGGGAAGCUUACUUGGGAGGGCCCACUGAUGGGGAAGAAGACACCUCCCAGAAAGUUCUCUCCACCCCAUCGAUCGGGGUGCCCCAAGGGCCCGGAAGCCCGGCGGCCUGAGCCCUGCGGACCAAUGGGGCCGCGGGGAGGGAGGGGCGAGCGCCGCCAGCCCUUUCCGUCUGGGCGCCGGCCGCCCCGCCCCUUGGAACGUUGCGACGUCGGAGCAUUCCACGGUUGCUACAUCGUCGCGAGGGGCGGGGCGCCUGUCAGGGAAGCGGCGCGCGCGCGGGUGGCGGGCGGGCUGGGGCUUCUCCGCACAGUGCCAGCGCCAGCGCCCGCGCCCGCGCCAGACCCGCCCGCCGCCUGUGCUCUGCCUCGCCGGCCCGCACGCCCGCCCUGCCCCGUGCGCUGAUCAUGGAGUUGCUGUGUUGCGAGGGCACCCGGCACGCGCCCCGGGCCGGCCCGGACCCGCGGCUGCUGGGGGACCAGCGUGUCCUGCAGAGCUUGCUCCGCCUGGAGGAGCGCUACGUGCCCCGCGCCUCCUACUUCCAGUGCGUGCAGAAGGAGAUCAAGCCGCACAUGCGGAAGAUGCUGGCAUACUGGAUGCUGGAGGUGUGCGAGGAGCAGCGCUGUGAGGAGGAAGUCUUCCCCCUGGCCAUGAACUAUCUGGAUCGCUACCUGUCCUGCGUCCCCACCAGAAAGGCACAGUUGCAACUCCUAGGUUCGGUCUGCCUGUUGCUGGCCUCCAAGCUGCGGGAGACCACGCCCCUGACUAUCGAGAAACUGUGCAUCUACACUGACCAAGCCGUGUCUCCCUGGCAGUUGCGGGAAUGGGAGGUGCUGGUCCUGGGGAAGCUCAAGUGGGACCUGGCUGCUGUAAUUGCACAUGACUUCCUGGCCCUGAUUCUGCAUCGGCUUUCUCUGCCCAGUGACCGGCAGGCCUUAGUCAGAAAGCAUGCCCAGACUUUUCUGGCCCUCUGUGCUACAGAUUACACCUUUGCCAUGUAUCCGCCAUCCAUGAUUGCAACAGGCAGCAUUGGGGCUGCAGUGCAAGGCCUGGGUGCCUGCUCCACAUCCGGGGAUGAGCUCACGGAGCUGCUGGCAGGAAUCACAGGCACUGAAGUGGACUGCCUGCGGGCCUGUCAGGAGCAGAUUGAAGCUGCGCUCAGGGAGAGCCUGAGAGAAGCCUCCCAGACCACCCCCAGUCCGGCACCCAAAGCCCCCCGGGGCGCCAGCAGCCAGGGACCCAGCCAGACCAGCACACCCACAGAUGUCACAGCCAUCCACCUGUAGCCCCGGACAGGCCCCCUCGAGUGGCCACUAAGCAGGGGAGGGGCCAUUGGUACACCUUCUCUGCCUCUAGGAACAAUCCAUGCCACGUCUGAAGCAAGAGGGGGCUCCUUCUUUCCCCUCACAAAGCCCAAGGGGCCAGGUCCUGCCUAUCCCCGCAGUGUGCACUAAGGGGCCUAGCCAGCUAUGUUGUCUGCAUGGCCAGUCAGCUCCUCUUUCUCCUGCCUCUGACCAGCUCACCUCCUUCCGUCUAUAGCUGAGGCUGGGCCAGGCUGGUCAGACAAAGUACAAACAAUAAAAUUCAUGCACCAGCAUUCCUUUUUUGAGGCCCCCUUUAUCUGGGGCUCUCAUGCCAAAAUGCCCCAGUGCCUUCCAAAGGUGUUGCCCCUUCUAGGGUUAUUGCAUUUGGAUUGGGGUCCUUCAAGCAUCUUGAAAACAGUUGAGAUGGCUCCUCUCAGCACUUUGGAGGCCCCUAUAUAAUCCAUGCUCCCAGCUGCUCCUAGAGGGAAGGGCCUAGGCCUUGGUCAGAGGGGCAUGAACCAACAAAUUCCUCCUUGCUUUGCUUUCUGCUCAGCUUCUCCUGUGUGAUUGAGGGGUUUGGUGCUGAAGGAUGAAGUCAUUUUAAUUUAUUAAUUGCUUGAGUACAACUGUAAGAGGGUGCAGUGGGGCCUAUACCCCACAAGUGGUGGUAACCCUGGUGGUUGCUGUUUCCCUCCCCUCUGCUGCCAGCUACAGAAUCUUUGUGGCCCAGGAGCUGCUACAGCCUGGGGUGGGGCUGUGCCCUCCUCUCCCCUUGGCUCUCUGUUCCACCCUCCAGUGAGGAGGAUGAAGCAGGGAUGCCUUGGAGGUGAUAGCCCCUGUCUGGAGAGGGAGGCAAGCCCUGUUGACACAGGUCUUUCCUAAGGCCACAAGGUUUAGGCUGGUAGCCCAGGACCAUCAUGCUGCCUUAAUAAAGAUUCUGGAAUAAAACCGGCUUUGGCUUCUUGGAUUCCAUGGUGUUGACCUCUUUGUAAACUGAAUGAGUGAAGAGGCAGAGUCAAAUGUUUAAAGCAUAGAACACCUUUUUCUACACAGGGCCUAUAUGGAUUUGGGGGCCAGUCUCUGCCCACCAGUUCUGCCUUAUGUGACCUAAGCAUUCCAAAAAAAUCACUGCACCAUGAGAAUUGCAUGGCAAACCCCAGAAGGCUUAUGGGAAAAUGGGGCUUGAGGUGCAAUCACCAAAAACAUGAUGUCACCAAAUGAGGCAUAGGCCUGUAAU